UCUGACGUUUGCGUACUACAUGAAAUCUAAUAUGUAUGUGUGCGGGUAAAUUUUAUUGGUGGUAGUGAUUUGAAUCAAGUUGGAAGCCGGAUGUUCACGUGUAUUUUCAAUCACUUAAAUAGGAAUUUUUCGCAGCUACAUCAAAAAAAAGCUCAAUGGCAGCCGAGAGAAAAGGUACUUUUAAAGUAGAAUAUCUUCAGAAAAUUGAAAAAGAUGUUCAAGCAAAAUGGGAAGCUGAAAAAGUCUAUGAAGAGGAUGCUCCAAAAAAACCUAAGAAUUCUCCUGAUGAGAAAUUUUUAGCAACGUUCCCAUUUCCUUAUAUGAAUGGUCGUUUACAUCUAGGACAUACAUUUUCUUUAUCAAAAUGCGAGUUUGCUGUCAGAUACAACCGACUUCUAGGAAAAAAAGUACUUUUUCCUUUUGGCUUCCACUGUACUGGUAUGCCUAUAAAAGCAUGUGCGGAUAAAUUGAAAAGAGAAAUGGAAGUCUUUGGAUAUCCUCCAAAGUUUCCUCAAGAAGAAGAAACUAUCGAAGAAGUCGUUGAUGACAUAGUUAUGAAAGACAAAAGUAAAGGAAAAAAAAGUAAAGCAGUAGCAAAGACAGGUGCUGCUAAAUAUCAAUGGCAAAUUAUGCAAAGUCUUGGUAUGAAUGAUGAUGAGAUAAAGAACUUUACUGACUCAUCGUACUGGUUGGAUUAUUUCCCACCACUUGCUGUUGAAGACUUGAAAUCAAUUGGACUUCAUGUUGAUUGGCGUCGUACAUUUAUCACAACUGAUGCUAAUCCUUUCUUUGAUUCGUUUGUUAGAUGGCAAUUUCAACAUUUAAAGGCAAGAAAUAAAAUAAAAUAUGGAAAACGAUACACUAUUUUCUCACCUAAAGAUAAUCAACCUUGCAUGGACCAUGAUAGGUCAUCAGGAGAAGGAGUUGGACCUCAAGAAUAUACUCUUGUAAAAAUGAAGUUAUUGGAACCUUUUCCAGAAAAAUUAAAAGCUGCUAAAGGAAAGCAGGUUUUCUUAGUGGCUGCAACACUCCGUCCAGAAACAAUGUAUGGUCAAACAAAUUGUUGGGUUCAUCCAGAUAUUCAUUAUAUUGCUUACACUUUGGCAAAUGGAGAAAUCUUCAUCUCAACUAAAAGAGCAGCAAGGAAUAUGGCUUAUCAAGGAUUUAUGAAAGAUGAAGGCAAACUUGAUAUUAUUGUUGAGCUAACUGGUCAAGAUCUACUUGGAUUACCUUUAAGUGCACCUUUGACUAGUAAUAAAAUAAUUUACACCCUUCCCAUGUUGACUAUUAAAGAAGAUAAAGGCACAGGAAUUGUUACUUCAGUUCCUAGUGAUUCUCCUGAUGAUUAUGCUGCUCUAGUAGACUUAAAAAAGAAACAAGCACUCAGAGAAAAGUACAAUAUUAAGGAUGAGAUGGUUUUACCGUAUGAACCAAUUUCGAUUUUAGAGAUUCCUGAAUUUGGAAAACUCUCAGCUAUAACAGUUUAUGAGAAAUUAAAAAUCCAAUCUCAAAAUGAUAAGGCAAAACUUUUAGAAGCUAAAGAAAUGGUUUACUUAAAAGGAUUUUAUGAUGGAGUUCUAUUAGUAGGAGAACACAAAGGGAAAAAAAUACAAGAUGUAAAAAAACUUAUUCAAAAGAAGUUGGUUGAUGAAAAGACUGCUGUUAUUUACUAUGAACCAGAAAAAACUAUUAUAUCUAGAUCAAACGAUGAGUGUGUUGUAGCUUUGUGUAAUCAAUGGUAUCUAGAUUAUGGUGAUGAAACUUGGAAAGCAGAAGCAAGGAAAGCUUUAGAGAAAAUUGAAACUUUUCAUGACGAAGUGAAGAAAAAUUUUUACGCUUGUUUAGAUUGGCUUCAUGAAUAUGCAUGCUCGAGAACAUAUGGAUUAGGAACAAAGCUUCCAUGGGAUGAAAGUUGGCUGAUUGAAUCUCUAUCUGAUUCUACAAUUUAUAAUGCGUAUUAUACCAUAGCUCAUUUACUACAAGGAGGAACUUUUAAAGGUGAUAAACCGAAUGUGUUUGGAAUAAAAGCUGAGCAAAUGACAUCAGAAGUUUGGGAUUAUAUUUUCUUCAAGAAUGCAAAGUUUCCAAAAACAUCAAUAAAAAAAGAAGCUCUAGAAGUGAUGCGUACAGAAUUUCAAUACUGGUAUCCAGUAGAUUUAAGAGUCUCUGGAAAAGAUUUGAUUCAAAAUCAUUUAACUUUUUACAUUUACAAUCAUGUGGCCAUGUGGCCUAAUGAACCAGAUAAGUGGCCUAAAGGCAUUCGAGCUAACGGCCAUUUAAUGUUGAACUCUGCAAAAAUGUCUAAGUCUGAAGGCAACUUUUUAACUCUCGCGGAAGCUGUGGGGAAGUUUUCUGCUGACGGAAUGCGCUUAUGCCUUGCUGACUCCGGUGAUUCAGUGGAAGAUGCUAAUUUCGUUGAAACAAUGGCAGAUGCUGGUAUUUUACGACUUUACACAUUUAUUGAAUGGGUUCGUGAAGUUUUAGCAUCUGAAAAUACGUAUAGAAAAGGAGAACCUGUAACCUUUAAUGACAAAGUAUUUCAAAGUGAGAUGAACUUAAAAAUUCAAGAGACUGGAGAUCAUUAUGCAAAUAUGUUAUACAAAGAAGCUCUCAGGACUGGGUUUUUUGAACUUCAAGCAGCCAGAGAUAAAUAUAUUCAACUCAGUGCUCUUGACGGCAUUAAUUGGGGCUUAAUAAUGCAAUAUAUCGACCUCCAAACUAUUUUAAUAUCUCCAAUUUGUCCUCAUGUUGCUGAGCAUGUAAGAACUAUCAUUGGCAAAGAAAGUGUUCUUAAAAUUCGCUGGCCAGCAGUUGGACCCAUUGAUCAUAUUCUUAUUAAAUCAUCCCAAUAUCUCAUGGAUGCUGCUCAUUCAUUUAGAAUUUUGUUAAAAAAUUAUUGUACUACAAGAAAGACUGGUAAAGGUAAAGUUGAUACUCCUCCUCCAGAAAAACCUGAUCACGGUAUCAUUUGGGUGGCCAAAACUUAUCCUCCUUGGCAGACUAUUGUGAUAAAAACUAUGAAAGAUUUUUGGGAUAAAAAUGGACAGUCUUUACCAGAGAAUAAAGUAAUAGCUUCAGAAUUAUCAGGAAAAAAUGAAUUGAAGAAAUAUAUGAAAAAAGUUAUGCCUUUUGUACAAGUUUUGAAGGAGAAAGUAGAAACUUUGGGAAUUUCCGCACUCAAUUUAACGCUUGAUUUUGAUGAGGUGAAUGUACUAACUGGUAGUAAAGAUUAUUUAAAAAGUACUCUAGAUUUAGAUGAAAUAGAAAUUAAAUACACGGAUGAAGCAUCAGAAAAAACGAAAGAAGAAUGUUGUCCUGGUUCACCUUACAUGAAUUUUUCAUCUACACCUGGGGUGUUUAUUAGAGCGAUAAAUCCACAAAAAUGCAGUGGACUUUUUAGUGUUAACAUAAAACUUAGUAAUGGAACUACAGCCGCUGAUGUUGCAGGGAAGAUAGCUAAAGAUAAUAAAAGGAUAAAAGACUCAUCACUUGUUUCACUUUAUCGAUAUGAAGAUCCAAUUUUGGGAACCAGAACAAUUCCAACGACAGAGGAUAUUCUUAGAGGUAAAGUACUUAUACCUUCUAAUGCAGUAUUCAACGUAAAAUUAGACUGUAAUGUGAUUGAAUUAACAGAAGGUACAAAUGUCUAUCAAAUAGGCGAUGAAAUUUUGUAUGUUGUUAAGAAUAUUUGCUGAUUCAGUCUUUGUAAACGCUAUUUAAUAAAACUAUUUAUCAAAA